AUGAGCCAGCAUGGCCUAUCACGUAGGAUUGGUUCAGGAAGACAGGCAAGGCAUUCUGCCGUGAAUGAUUACAUAUGUAGAUUGUUCCAGAAAGCAGUGAUACCUGCCAUCAAAGAACCAGAGAGCUUACUAUCUGAAGGUAAUCAAAGUUACCAAAGCUAUCUGUUACCCCUUGUUGCCCUGGUCCCAGGGUUGCUGUUUAUCCUGGUCAAGAGGAUACCUCACACACUGGUCGAAAGGUACAUGAAUUACGGGUCUACGGAGCCAGGUUCUGCUGCAGUGAAAGCUGCCGAUCUUGAGAACGCAGAGUACGAAGCAUGA